GUCUCGGGUUAGAAGAAAACUAAACUUUCAUUAUGAAUUAGUCUUGGACAUUGAUAGAUUGGAAUAGUAUGAAUAUUAAUCUAGAAAUCAUGCAUUGGCUGGGUAUAGGUGCUUGUAAUUCCAGCUAGAAAAAAUAUCUAUAAAUAGAUGGAUUCUAAUUGAUGAGUGACAUACCAAUACCAUUUUCAAGUAAGCCAUAUAUACAUAAAAUAAGCAAAAGCUUGAAUCAAUAAUCAAUGGGGUUGUUGGUUGUUAGAGUGGUGUUGUGUGUGUAUAUGUUUAUGAUGUUCCAUUUUGCAUGUUUCUCUUCGCAUCUAUGCCAUUCACAAGACAGCUCUGCCUUGCUUCACUUUAAGACCCAUUUCAUUUUUAACCCUUCAUUUUUUGAAUAUUAUUAUGGGGAUGAGUGCCCCCAUGUUUAUCCAAAGAUGAGUACGUGGGAGAAUGGGACAGAUUGCUGCUCGUGGAUGGGUGUUAUGUGUGAUUCUGUGUCUGGUCACGUGAUUGGCCUUGAUCUCAGUUGUGGUGCUCUUGUAGGUAAUAUGAAUCCCAAUAACACUCUUUUUCAUCUUACUCAUCUCCAAACACUCAACCUUGCUUUCAAUGAUUUUUAUGGUUCUCAAUUGCCUUCUCAAUUUGAAAGGCUUGUGAGUCUCGUACACUUGAAUUUAUCUAGUUGUCGGUUUGAAGGUGAUAUUCCUUCCCAAAUCUCACACCUUUCCGAAUUACAAUCACUUGAUCUCUCUGGGAAUUCUCAUUUGAUGUGGAAAGAAACAACUUGGAAAAGAAUGUUGCAAAAUGCAACAGUUUUACGUGAGAUUGUAUUGCAUGAUACAAACAUGUCUUCCAUUAGCUUAACACCAAACCCUUUGUCCAAUUGGUCUUUUUCUUUCUCUUUGGUUACUCUUAAUCUUGCUGAUACAGGAAUAAGGGGACACUUGACAAGUCACAUUCUCUGUUUACCCAAUCUUUAUGAGCUCAAGUUAUCUGGAAAUGAAAUCAUUCAAGUCCAUGUUCCAAAGUUGAAUUGCAGUACUUCUCUUAGUUUUUUGGAUCUUUCAUUGUGUCAAUUUCCAGGAUCACAAAUCCCUGAUUCCUUUUCUAACCUUACACAUCUAACUUCUUUGUACUCGUACCAAAGUGGAUUCAAUGGUUCAAUCCCAUCAUUGCUCUCAAACCUUCAGCAUCUCACUCACUUGGACCUUUCAUACAAUGCAUUCACUGGUUCGUUCCCAUCAUUUCUUUCAAUUCUUCAUCAUCUUGUUUACUUGGAUCUUUCAUGGAAUGAGCUUAGUGGUCAAAUUCCAAAUGUGUUUGAUAGGCUCACCAACUUGCAAACUCUCUUUCUUAGUAAUAAUAAUUUCCAAGGGAAGUUGCCAUCUUCAUUGUUUACCUUAACUCAACUCUCUCAAUUAGAUUGUUCUUUGAAUCAAAUUGAGGGGUCACUACCCAAACAAGUAGCCUUUUCAAAUCUCACUACACUAGACCUAGGAGACAACUUAUUAAAUGGGACAAUCCCUCAGUGGGCUUUAUCCCUCAAGUCUUUGAGAUACUUAGAUCUAUCCAAUAACAGAUUCAGAGGGCACAUAAGUGAAAUUACAUCUUAUUCCUUGGAGCAUUUAGACUUGUGCAACAAUGAGCUCCAUGGAAACUUUCCAGAAUCCAUUUUCCAUCUUGUCAACCUUACUUAUUUGUGCUUGUCUUCAGAUAACUGGAGCGGUAUUGUCCACUUCCCACUCUUUUCUAAGCUUCAAAACUUGGAGUAUCUUUUUCUUUCAGGUUGUAGUUCAUUAUUGCUAACAUCUGAAACUAGUGUUAAUCACACUUUCUCCAAUUUGAGGGCACUGUUGUUGCUUUCUAGCAAUAUUAUUGGUUGGUCGGAAUUCUCAGGAAUAUUUCCAAGUUUAGAGAAUCUUGAAUUGUACAACAAUAGUCUUCAAGAAAAAGUGCCCAAAUGGAUACAUGGUUUGGAUUUAUUAAGUUAUUUGAAUCUCUCACACAACAAUUUUACAUUGAUGGACCAUAUCCCAUGGUAUCGACUUCAAUGCCUUGAUCUUAGUUUCAACUCGAUGGCUGAUGACAUUUCUUCCUUCAUUUGUGAUGCAACCUUUCUGGAAAUUGUCAACUUGUCCCACAACAAAUUCACAGGAACAUUUCCACAGUGCCUUGCCAAUAGCUCAUACCUUACGGAUUUGGAUCUACAAAUGAACAAACUUCAUGGGACUUUGCCAGAUACCUUUCUGGAUCUUACUACACUGAAUCUCAAUGGCAACAAUUUUGAAGGUCUAUUGCCGAAAUCUUUGUCCAAAUGUUCAGGACUUGUGGAUUUGGAUCUCGGUAACAAUCAAUUUGAGGACACAUUUCCCAAUUGGCUUCAAAAUCUAUCAAACUUGGAAAUACUAGACUUACGAGGCAAUAAGUUGUACGGUCAGAUUGCAAAUUUGAAAUCUGAAAAGAUAUUUGCAAGUUUGAUUAUUUUUGACAUAUCAUGCAAUAACUUUAGCGGCUCAUUACCAAAAGCAUACAUACAAAAUUUUCAAGCCAUGAAGAUUGUUCAUGAUGUGCAAAGCCCUUUGUCUUAUAUUGAAGCAGAUUUUCUUCUUAUUGACGGCAUAGCAGAAUAUUGGAGUUCUAUGGUUGCAACAAUUAAAAGAGUCAGUCUUCCUUUUACGAAAAUUCCAAUUUUCUUUGCAAUUAUCGAUUUGUCAGAAAACAAAUUUGAAGGAGAGAUUCCAGAUGUUUUUGGAGAGCUUCAAGCACUCAUAAGCCUCAACCUUUCAUAUAACAGCCUCAUUGGUCCUAUUCCCCGCUCUUUGGGAAAUUUGACAAAUCUUGAAUCAUUGGACCUCUCCUCAAAUAUGCUUGAUGAACAUCUUGAAGGAUCAAUACCUCAAGGAAAACAGUUUAAUACAUUUUCAAAUGAUUCUUUUGAGGGAAACAUGGGGUUGUGUGGAUUUCCAUUGUCAAUUCAAUGCAACAACAAUGUCCCUUUGCAACAAUCUCCAUCUUCUGAGGCUGAAGACAAAUUCGGAUUUGGUUGGAAACCAGUGGCAAUAGGAUAUGCAUGUGGAAUGGUAGUUGGAAUAGGAUUGGGAUAUUGUGUGUUCUCAAUUGGAAAGCCUGAAUGGCUAGUGGUCCUCUUUGGAGGUAAAAGGAUCAAAAGGAGGAGCCGUGGAAACCGCCGGCGUGCAAGAACAACUCUGUUUCAGCUUUUGGUUGUAAUGUAAAUUUGUAAUAAGUUUAUGUCUUGUGCUUUUGUGUUUUUUAUGUUUUAUGGAUGUCUACAAAUCUUGACGAUAUUUAAAGUAAGUACUUAUUUAAUAUUUGUAAGUAAUGUUGCAAGUAAAUUCUGUUUUCAAAAUAUAUAUGUGUGUGU